AUGGCGGAGGAGUUUGACGACGAUACAGAUUUCGCGUUGCCCGAUGUGUCUCCGCCGAGCGGUAGCCAAAAUGCUAUGCCGCCAGCUCAGAUGGAGAUGAUGCAGCAGAUGAUGCAGCAGAUGCAGGGCGGAACUGCCCCCAGGCCGCCCCCUUCGUCCAACGUCGUCAUGGAUGGGGAAGAAGAUGGACCUCACAAGCACUGGACUUGCAUCUAUCCCAUCUAUAUGGACGCCAAACGCAGGUACCGUCAUGGAUGCCGCCGCGUUCCCUACAGCAAAGCCGUGUUGUUCCCCAACAGCCAAUACAUCUCCAAUGCAGCGAAGAAAUUGAACAUGGAGUUCCGCCAUGAACCGUACCGCACGCAUCCGCAGGAUUGGGAAAAUCCUGGGCGCGUCAAAGUACGUCUAUUCCAUGAGGACGGAAAACCGAUUCGGGCGGACAUCCCCACAAAACAAAAAUUGAUUGAAGUCAUGGCUACCCUACUACAGCCGCAUGCGGGCGGUACGCCGCCGCCGCUCGCCGACCGUGCUACAUACUCCAAAAAGUCGUCCCGAGCAGCACUGCGCCCACGACAGCGUGUGAUUCGCAGCGUGCCAUUUGCCGAGCAACUGCCUCCGCACAGUCCUGUCGUGGCGACCGGCCUUCUCAAUAUGGACAUGGCCAAGAUGCCAGGCGCCGAGGCGCUCAAGAGUAUGGGCCCGCUUGGCAGUAUGAUGAGUAGUAUGGGGUUGGGUGACGAUGAAGAGGCGGAGGCUACCGCCGCCGCAGCGCCGCCGCAGCGCCAGCAGCCAGCGCUGGGUCGCCGUCAGCGCAAGCGCGUGGUACGCAUCGGUCGCUGA